AAAAAAAAAAGCCUGUCUUCUCAUUUACUUAAAUGACUAUUCAGGAUCUUAUUACUUUCUCUGUUCAAAACAAAUGUAGAAGAUAUUUUUUAAGAAGCCAAACAAAUGCUGAGGAGUUUACAAAAUGAAACUGGAAUUAAGAACCUGAGUCUUAUUUCUAAAUGUGAAUAGCAGAUGUAGGUGAAAAGUUAUCAUCUUUAGCAAUGACUGACACAGUUCACAGGUAAUAGGUCUUUCUGUCUUCUAAAAUUAGCCUUCUAAAAAUAUUUCCUUUUGUAACAUUACUCAUUCUCAAGUUACAUUUGAAAUGUUAUAGUUAAGAUGGGUAAAAUGUUGGUUCUUUUCAUCUGAGUGAAUUCAAAAAAGCUUUUGCUCAAACUUCGCAAGCAAAACCAGCUCUGAGCAAAAGCAAAACAUGGAAAACUUCAGAAAAUUUAAAGCGGUUGGAAACCCAGAAGUUAAAAUACUGUUUUGGUGGUGGUACUGCCAGACAAGUUCUGCCACACUUACAGGAGCUGAAUUAAUGUUCCUGGAAAUAUGGACUUGAAUUAAUUCAUACAGAUUGGCAUUGUUCUUUGCACGUAAACUCUGACCGAAAAGGCGUGCCUCUUCCUAUGGUAACAUGAUCGGCCUUGUAGUUCCCAAGCACUUUAAAACAAUCUGCUGCAGGAUUAGUGUGCAGAUAACAGAAAUUACCAUAAUGAAAUCAACACUGCUAAAAGCAAAGUACCAAGUCCAGAUACUAUGCAACCAUAUUAGCAGCCGUAACAUAAAAAAAAAUCAGUACACAUUUUCGGGCACUGUUACAAAAGAGACACUCUGUUGAGUUCUGCUGGUUUAGAACAAACAAACCUUUUUUAAAUAUUUAGAGAAGACUGAGUCCACUUCCUGAAAAGCCGAAGCCAAAGUCUGACCUGAUUUGAUCUGAAAUGAGGCCAUCAACUGUUACGCAAUUUUAUUCAUAUCAGGCUUUGUCCAAGACUGAUUCUCCUCCCAGCUGUGUGCAGGAACCCACGAUGAAACAGAGUUUUGCUUUUGACAACAUGGGCUACGAAGAGAGUUUUGAAACAGUGCCCUCUUCAUCUUCUCAAACACACACUGUUGCAGUCAGCGUUCAGGGCAUGACUUGCCAGUCUUGUGUGCAGUCGAUAGAAGGCCAGAUUUCCAAGGUGAAAGGCGUUGUGAGCAUCAAAGUCUCCCUUGAGCAGAACAAUGCUGUAAUACAGUAUGUACAGUCGGAAAUAAGUCCUGAACAGAUUUGCCAGGAAAUUCAGGAUAUGGGUUUUGACGCAAACGUAGCAGAAGAGACAUCAGCACCGGUUUCCGUAAGUGUGCCAUGCUCGCGAGAGGCGGUAAUUAAGCUUCGGGUGGAAGGCAUGACAUGCCAGUCCUGUGUCAGCAGCAUCGAGGGGAAGAUUAGGAGACUGAAUGGCGUGGUAAGAAUCAAGGUGUCACUUGGUAACCAGGAAGCAAUUAUUGCUUACUAUCCUUACAUCAUUCAGCCCGAAGACCUCAAGAGCCAUAUCAGGAACCUGGGGUAUGACUGCACCAUUAAGAGUAAAUCAGCCCCGUUGAAGCUCGGUGUGCUUGAUGUAGGACACCUGCAGAAUACAGCCGCCAAGACGACACCAGCGUGUCGAGACAGCGGCAGGGUGGCCCCGCUGGCUGUCAAGAUGAGCAGCACAGCUACGGUACAAAUAGAAGGCAUGCACUGCGAGUCUUGCGUCAGAAACAUCGAAGAAAAUAUAGCGGCCCUGCCAGGCGUACAGAGUAUUAACGUGUCUUUGGAGCACAAACACGCUGUUGUACAGUAUAGCCCCCAUUUAAUUACCCUGUCAUCUUUGCAGCAAGCUAUUGAAUCCCUUCCACCUGGAAACUUUAAAGUAUGCCUCCUUAGCAGUUCAGAAGCAAAUAACGGAGCAUCUUCGUCACCUGCUUUGCUCUGUGGUCUCUUCAGAGAGCAGCUAAUAGAUAGGACGUGUACAGCUGUUAUUAGGAUUGACGGAAUGACCUGUAAUUCUUGCGUACAGUCCAUAGAAGGGACGAUAUCACAGAGAAAAGGAGUGCAACAUAUAGCAGUUUCUCUAGCUGAAAAGACUGGCACCAUAUGUUAUGAUUCGACUGUAACUAACGGAGAAGAAUUAAGAGCUGCCAUAGAAGACAUGGGGUUUGAUGCAUUGGUUUUCACAGAUACCGCUACUGGAGAAAACACGUGUCGGUCUGAUGCCAGCAGUGCCGUGGUGCAGCCUCAAGUUCCAGAGUCAGUAGCUCCAGAGUCUCACCAAGGCUGCGGUGCAGAUGCUCUUCCAGAAGGUGCUGGCCUUGAUGUGCCACACCAGCCCAGCGGAAUGAUGGCCGAAAAGUGUUUUUUACAAAUCACAGGCAUGACCUGCGCAUCGUGUGUGUCUACCAUUGAGAGAAAUCUGCAGAAAGAAGUUGGUAUUGUUUCAGUGCUGGUAGCGCUGAUGGCAGGUAAAGCAGAGAUAAAGUACAAGCCGGAGUUCAUACAGCCUCUUGAAAUAGCACAGCUGAUUCAGAAUUUGGGUUUUGAAGCUACUGUCAUAGAAGAUCAUACUGAAACAGAAGGAAAUGUGGAGCUUCUUAUUACCGGGAUGACUUGUGCUUCUUGUGUUCACAAUAUUGAAUCCAGACUUAUGAGAACUAAUGGCAUAUUCUAUGCCUCUGUUGCACUUGCCACUUGCAAAGCUCACGUCCAGUUUGAUCCUGAAGUUACCGGACCUCGAGAUAUUAUAAAAAUAAUCGAGGAAAUUGGCUUUCAUGCAUCUUUGGCUAGAAGAGUUCCUAAUGCACAUAACUUGGAUCAUAAAAAGGAAAUACAACAGUGGAGGAAAUCUUUCUUGUGCAGCCUAGUGUUUGGUAUCCCUGUCUUAAUCCUAAUGAUUUAUAUGCUAAUACCUGAUGGCGAGCACCACGGAUCUAUGAUGCUGGAACAGAAUCUCAUUCCUGGAUUAUCUAUUUUAAAUCUUCUCUUCUUUGUCCUGUGCACUUUUGUUCAGUUUCUUGGUGGAUGGUACUUCUACGUACAAGCUUACAAAUCACUGAAGCACAAGACAGCCAAUAUGGACGUGCUCAUUGUACUGGCCACGACUAUUGCUUACGUAUAUUCAUGUGUGAUCCUGAUGGUAGCGAUAGCUGAAAAGGCAGAAAAAAGCCCUAUCACUUUCUUUGACACACCUCCAAUGCUGUUUGUAUUCAUUGCCCUUGGGAGAUGGCUGGAACACAUAGCAAAGAGUAAGACCUCAGAAGCUCUUGCUAAGCUGAUAUCUCUUCAAGCCACAGAAGCAACUGUGGUGACUCUUGGACCUGACCACUCUAUUGUCAGGGAAGAGCAGGUAGCUGUUGAAUUAGUUCAACGAGGUGAUAUCGUGAAGGUUGUUCCUGGUGGAAAGUUCCCGGUGGAUGGAAAAGUCAUUGAAGGCAAUUCUAUGGCAGAUGAAUCUCUUAUUACUGGGGAAGCUAUGCCAGUCACUAAAAAGCCUGGGAGCACAGUGAUUGCUGGUUCUAUAAAUGCACAUGGCUCAGUUCUUGUUAAUGCAACUCAUGUUGGGAAUGACACUACCCUGUCACAAAUUGUGAAAUUGGUGGAAGAAGCUCAAAUGUCAAAGGCACCCAUCCAGCAACUGGCAGAUAAGUUCAGUGGAUAUUUUGUUCCAUUUAUCAUCAUCAUUUCAACAGUGACAUUGAUAGUAUGGAUCACAAUUGGUUUUAUAAAUUUUGAUAUUAUUCAGAAAUAUUUUCCUAAUCAAAGCAAACACAUUUCAAAAGCCGAAGUCGUACUGCGGUUUGCCUUUCAGACCUCAAUCACUGUGCUGAGCAUCGCGUGCCCCUGUUCAUUAGGCUUGGCUACCCCAACGGCUGUGAUGGUAGGCACGGGAGUUGCGGCACAGAAUGGUAUUCUCAUCAAAGGUGGAAAGCCCCUGGAAAUGGCACACAAGAUCAAGACUGUGAUGUUUGAUAAAACUGGCACCAUCACCUGUGGAGUUCCUAAAGUCAUGCGGGUGCUCUUGCUGGGAGAGACAGCUCUGCUGCCUCUGAAGAAGGUACUGGCUGUGGUUGGCACUGCAGAAGCCAGCAGUGAGCAUCCUUUAGGAGUGGCAGUCACUAAAUAUUGCAAAGAGGAGCUGGGUACUCAGAGCCUGGGCUACUGCAUGGAUUUUCAGGCAGUCCCAGGCUGUGGAAUCAGCUGCAAAGUCGGUGGCAUUGAUGCUGUCCUGGGCACGGCCGAAAGGAGCCUCGAUAAGCCACACACUUACAGGAGCGGGGAUGGCCAUGGUCCCCUGGGAGAAAAUACACUGAUCAUGCUCUCUGAACCAGAUGGUCUAUCAGCUUCUCAUACAUACUCAGUGUUGAUUGGGAAUCGCGAGUGGAUGCGGCGCAACGGCAUGCAUAUUGCAAAUGAUGUUAACGAUGCAAUGACAGACCAUGAAACCAAAGGACAGACUGCCAUACUAGUUGCGAUAGAUGGUGCGUUGUGUGGCAUGAUCGCAAUAGCAGAUACUGUCAAGCAGGAGGCAGCCCUUGCUGUGCACACACUGAAAAACAUGGGAAUAGAUGUGGUGCUGAUAACAGGGGACAACAGAAAAACUGCAAAAGCUAUUGCUACUCAGGUUGGGAUCAAAAAAGUCUUUGCUGAGGUACUUCCUUCUCACAAGGUUGCAAAGGUCCAGGAACUCCAAAAUGAGAGAAAGAAGGUCGCCAUGGUUGGUGAUGGAGUCAAUGAUUCCCCUGCGCUAGCCAGGGCUGACAUUGGGAUUGCAAUUGGAACAGGCACUGAUGUUGCCAUCGAAGCAGCAGAUGUUGUUCUUAUCCGAAAUGACUUGCUGGAUGUAGUUGCCAGUAUUCACUUAUCAAAGAGAACAGUACGAAGAAUACGAAUAAAUCUGAUUCUUGCCUUGAUUUAUAAUCUGCUUGGAAUACCCAUAGCAGCAGGCGUGUUCAUGCCUGUUGGCCUCGUGCUUCAGCCUUGGAUGGGAUCAGCUGCAAUGGCAGCUUCUUCAGUGUCUGUAGUGCUGUCUUCCCUGCAGCUGAAAUGUUAUAAGAAGCCAGAUGCAGAAAGUUACGAAGCACAAGCUCAAGGCCGCAUGAAGCCACUUAAUCCUUCCCAAAUCAGUGUUCAUAUUGGAAUGGAUGAUAGGAGGAGGGAUUCAUCCAGACUGGCUCCUUGGGAUCAGAUUAGUCAAGUGUCUCUCUCUUCCUUGACUUCAGACAAGCUGCCAAGACAUAAUGGUUUUGUAGAAGAAGAAGGUGACAAGUGGUCAUUGCUCAUGAAUGAAGAUGAAGAACAGUACAUUUGAAGCACUGUAUUCUUAGUGCAGCAGAAACCAUUCUUCCCCACCAGUGACAGGAAGGACUGAGUUGUGUCAUCAACAAUUUUAAGGCUAUAAGAGAAGUCAUUCUUUCGACUCACAAAACAGUUGCUACUCAGUUCAAUGCUGGGUUGUAUGGAUUGUGAUUUUUCAGGUCACCAGUUACUUCUAGUCUUUGAAAGGAUCUGUGACUCUAUAAUGAACUGGGUACUUUGCACACAAAAAAUAGCAAAAUAAUAGAAAAUUGUAAUUUUCAGAGUUCUCUAUAUUGGACUGUUUGCUGAGUACCAAAUUUCAUUCUUUCAGGCUUACAAUCUUUAGUCUUUCAAGAGCACAUAUAACAAGAGUGUUUUCAGAUCUGCCAAACUGUAAUUUCUUGUCAAAGUGAAAACAUCCGUGGCAUAAGGAGCUCUAUGGUUGGAAGUUGUAUUUUUACAUAGAAUCCUAACUAGGCAUGUCAUUGUGGGAGCAGUUUAUAUUUAGGAUUUGUGUGCAUCUUCUUGGACCAAAAAUGCUUCAGUGUUUCACUGACUAUAACUUUCUGAAAGAUCUCUUUCACAGAUUUUUCACUUGCUUUCAAGUAUCACAUUCUUCUGAUACACAUUUUCAUUGCUGAACUUGUUCUGUGAUUCUUAUUGCUCUCCUAGGGGUUUUUUUUGCUUUUGUUUUUUUUGCUACGUAUGAGUUCUUUUUUUUCUGUCUUCACACAAGAUUUCCUCUUUGACUUAUUAUGUUUACAGAUAUUCCUGUUUGGGACAGGAUCCUUGAAGUCACUCAGUUCCUGCUGAAAUCCCUAAAGGCAGAGCUAUUGCUUGUUCACAUGGCUAUCAUUUUUCUUUGGAUACCUUGCAGAAUCCCUUGAAGUUCCUAAUAAUGGGACAGUUUCUUCGCUUAAGCAGAGUGAACUGUUUAUGCUAGUGUGAAUGGUAAUAGCAGGCUUGAAAGACUUGAACUAAGGGCUUGAACUAAGAAGAUUUGUGAUAACUUGAAUUUUAAUGUAAAUGGGUAUUAAUGUCUUGAAUUGGUUUUAAUUUCCCUCUUUGCUCUAGUUUGAUAAGAAAUCAAGGUGUUGGGGGUGGACAACCCUUUUUCUCACUUUAACGUUUUUACCAAAGCUUGCCAUGACUUUAUCUUCCUGAAUGUGAAAUUCAUCCCUUAAUGCUUACAUUUAGAGUCUGGACCAUAGAGAUAACUGCUUCAGUGCACUGAAUCUAGUCCUGGGGUGAGGUGCUGCUGAGCUGAGGGACUCUGAAGUCCCCAGACCAGAGUUUUAUAGUCUGAUCUAGAAGGUUACAUUAGUGCAUUAAGCAAUGUGAAAUAACCACUUAAUUCCACAAACUUAAAACUGUUUUCAGCAGGGGUUCAAAUCCUGCUCUUCCUAAUGUAAAAAUGAACAGCAAGUUAGAGGGGAAAAGAACGGUGCUUAGAGCAGGUCUUACUAUUCUCUCUUCCUCUUUAUAUUAUAUUUGAGCUUUUCUGAGAAAACAUCCACAGCAUUGGCUUAAAUAUAAUUACAAUUCCAUUUUAAAACCGUAAAACCUUUCUGUAUGUGUAGAGAUUACUUUCACAGCACAUAUACAUUUAAAACAUGCCUUAGGUGCCUAUACAUGGCCCCAUGGAGAAGAUGGUCUACUGUUUUACUAUUUUAUAUGUUUUCUUGUGAGUGCUUACAGUAAAAAUGUUUUUUUUUAAGAAAUAA